CUUCUACCCUCCUUGAAAGAUGUCAGAAACUCCGAGCCACUUCUCCUGGAAGGAGAGUUACUACCGUUCAGCCAUGUCCCAGAACUCGCAGCCCAGGGAAUUCCUGAGCCCAGAGGUGCUACAGCAUAUCUGGGACUUCCUGGAACAGCCAAUAUGCUCAGUUCAGCCGAUUGAUUUGAACUUCAUUGAUGAUCCAUCAGAAAAUGGCCCUACAAACAAAAUAGAGAUUAGCAUGGAUUGUGUCCGGGUACAGGAUUCGGAGCUGAGUGAUCCAAUGUGGCCGCAGUACACGAACCUGGGGCUCCUGAACAGCAUGGACCAGCAGAUUCAGAACGGCUCUUCCUCCACCAGCCCCUACAACACCGAGCACGCGCAGAACAGCGUCACAGCACCAUCGCCUUACGCCCAGCCCAGCUCCACUUUUGAUGCCCUCUCACCCUCCCCGGCCAUCCCUUCCAACACAGACUACCCGGGACCUCACAGCUUCGACGUAUCAUUUCAACAGUCCAGCACAGCAAAGUCAGCAACAUGGACGUAUUCCACUGAACUGAAGAAGCUAUACUGCCAGAUCGCCAAGACAUGUCCUAUUCAGAUCAAAGUGAUGACCCCACCUCCCCAAGGAGCUGUAAUCCGGGCUAUGCCAGUCUACAAGAAAGCCGAACAUGUCACCGAAGUGGUUAAGCGCUGCCCGAACCAUGAGCUGAGCCGGGAGUUCAAUGAGGGGCAGAUUGCGCCUCCCAGCCAUCUGAUCAGGGUGGAAGGGAACAGCCAUGCCCAGUAUGUAGAAGACCCCAUCACUGGGAGACAGAGUGUGCUGGUUCCCUAUGAGCCACCUCAGGUUGGUACGGAAUUCACAACAGUCUUGUACAACUUCAUGUGCAACAGUAGCUGCGUGGGAGGGAUGAACCGUCGCCCAAUCCUUAUCAUUGUGACUCUGGAAACCAGAGAUGGGCAAGUCUUGGGCCGCCGGUGUUUUGAAGCCCGCAUUUGUGCUUGCCCAGGCAGAGAUCGCAAAGCAGAUGAGGACAGCAUCCGAAAGCAGCAAGUCUCCGACAGCACAAAGAAUGGUGAUGCUUUUCGACAAGGUACUCAUGGCAUACAGAUGACAUCUAUCAAAAAAAGACGUUCUCCUGAUGAUGAGCUCUUAUACUUGCCGGUGAGGGGACGAGAGACAUAUGAAAUGCUACUGAAGAUCAAAGAGUCCCUGGAACUUAUGCAGUACCUACCCCAGCACACAAUUGAGACUUACAGGCAACAGCAGCAACAGCAGCACCAGCACUUGCUCCAGAAGCAGACCUCCAUGCAGUCGCAGUCGUCCUAUGGUUCCAACUCGCCACCGCUCAGCAAAAUGAACAGCAUGAACAAACUGCCUUCUGUCAGCCAGCUAAUUAACCCCCAGCAGCGCAAUGCCCUGACCCCAACCACCAUCCCCGACGGCAUGGGAACCAACAUUCCCAUGAUGGGCACCCACAUGGCCAUGACCAGCGACAUGAACGGCCUCAGCCCCACGCAGGCGCUGCCUCCUCCCCUCUCCAUGCCUUCAACAUCCCACUGCACUCCCCCUCCUCCAUACCCCACAGAUUGCAGCAUCGUCAGCUUCUUAGCGAGGCUGGGCUGCUCAUCCUGUGUGGAUUAUUUCACGACCCAGGGGCUGACCACCAUCUAUCAGAUUGAGCAUUACUCCAUGGAUGAUCUGGUGAGCCUCAAGAUUCCAGAGCAGUUCCGCCAUGCCAUCUGGAAAGGCAUCCUGGAUCACCGGCAGCUCCAUGACUUCUCCUCCCCUCCCCAUCUCCUGCGCACCCCAAGUGGUGCCUCCACUGUCAGCGUGGGCUCCAGCGAAACCCGGGGGGAGCGGGUCAUCGACGCGGUCCGCUUCACGCUCCGGCAGACCAUUUCCUUCCCACCCCGCGAUGAGUGGAACGACUUCAACUUUGACAUGGAUGCCCGGCGCAACAAACAGCAGCGCAUCAAGGAGGAAGGGGAGUGA